GGAAUUGAGUACGAGACGUGGCUCUUAAACACGCAAUAAACAUUUGGUAAAAGCGAGUGGAUCGGUUGAAUUUAACGCUGAAAUUCCAGAGAAGCAUACUUUCUGAGUAAAAAAAUUUAAUGUGAAAUAUUUAAUCUAGAGUUAUGAAUAAAUAUAUGCUGCAUGACUUGCUAUCCGCAAUUAUCAGCACAAAGUAAAUUAAAUGAGGACUACACGAUUUGUGUGUUCAAAAAUGGCAGUCGUGGGAAUCCUGUCGAUAGUUUUGUUGAUGUUGCUAGGGCACCAGACAGUGCUGUGCCAAAUCAACUUCCCUCUAGCAGCUGGCGGUGGCUGUAAUGAAGUGCCACCACAGUGCCGCUGCAUAGCAGAUGUCUUCGACUGCGACUGUCUAGACCAGGACGUACAGAGGCUGGUACUAGAGCUGAAGAACAUAGAGAGCGGAGGGCUGCAAAAACGCGCGGCCAUAAGAAACUGCCGCAACGUGACCAUAAGGAGCGGUACUUUCCGGAACUCUAGCAUCCACGCCCUUCGACUGGCUAACAUAACAGAGCUGACUUUAGAGCCCAGUGCACUCCAGCUUGACCAGGAUCAUCAGAAGCGUUUCACGCUCAUCAUGACGGACGUGACCACACGUACUCUGCCACAGCAGAUGUUCAGCAGCGACAACUCAUCUAGCGACAUCACAGGUGCCCCGAGGGCCAAUACGCCUAAAGUUAACUUCCAGAUGAAUAACUCGCAUGUCGGCAUCGCCUCUAGUGAAGUCUUUGGCAACAUCAGAAUUCACGACUUAAUGAUGGAGGGUAAUACUAUAGGCCAGCUGCAAACUGGAUUCCUCAACAACACCGUUGAAGGAGUCAUCAGCAUUCAACGGAAUAUCUUCAAUGCGGUUCAACGCGAUGCCUUCAUAGUCAACAAUGCAUUCAGUCUGCCUAGAAACUUGCUUCUAAGGUACAACAAUUUUACUGAGUCGUUGGCACAGUUCGUGACGGCGGAAGUGGACUCGAACAUCAAGGUGAGCAACAACAGCUUCCCAGUGAUGCUGGAGGCACCAUGGCGCCUGACAGCUCGGGAGGACAUCGUGGUAGAUGGCAACCACUUCACCAACCUGCCCAGCGGUGCCCUCGCUCUCUCCGCUGGCGCUAGGAUCAGCUUCUCCUACAAUAUCGUCGACUUCGCAAAGCGGCAAGCUUUCAUGGCCAUCAAUACCCAAUCGCAGUCAACGCUACUGCAGAUCGUUCAGAACCGCUUCAACAUAACAGAAGAAGGUUCUCUGCAGCUGCCAGACGACCUCACUUCUGACAUCGUCGUCGUCAGGAGCAACGUCUUCGAGGAGUCCUGCAACUGCAACAUCUCCAACAGCAUCUUGCGCGCCAUCGUGGCAGCGGCCAAUGUCGAUCAGUCAGACAGGAAAGAUCACCUACUGAAGCCGUGGGUGCAGAAGAGCUUGUGCAGACAGCAGGGCAACCCAGAGCAACAAUAUAUUCCGGUAUGGCAGUACUACAGCAGGAACUGCGUGGUAGCGGACACCACGACGACGGUGUUCCUAGCAACCUUCGGAGCUAUAAUGAUCGUGCUCGCCUGCUACGUCAUCGUCACGUGGAGGAGGCUCAAGAAGAAGCAUCUCGCUGCCACGCACUCUUCUACUAUUCAACCGCAGUUUCCGGAAGGGGAGCUGACAUGGUCGCGCGUAAUACCCAACCAGCAAGCGUACAGAGAGGCAGAGAUCCAAGUGUUGUUCGAGAAGGCACGUACGCUGGAGCGCGUCGACAGCGAAGAGCUGCCUUAUAUGAGGUGUUACAGAAACGAGGCUAUCGUGGAGCACGACACUGAUCUAAUAGGCCAAGGAACUUUAAAACUUUAUCAAAAGCACGCAAAUUCAGUCUACCAACAAGCGAUCAAGAACCAAAAGACGGCCCAUACGCAAGUGGGACUUGCUCGACAAGAUAAAUUAGAUGGAACUGCAAACAAAUCAAUGAUGGCCGGCAUACCAAACGUUAUGAAUGUAGCGAACGCCAAACUAGCACCCGUCUUAGAAGAGGCUCCAGUAUUGGAAGACAGAGUAAUUUUUAAAAUAAAAAAGUAGGGAGUACGUAUGGCAGAAUUAUGAAA